GUCAGUGGGACAAUGUAUAAUACAGGGAGACACGUAUCUCUACGAUUAGACAAAGAGCAUUUGGUCAACAUCUCUGGAGGACCAAUGACGUACAGCCACCGCUUAGAGGAAAUCCGGUUACACUUUGGCAGUGAAGACAGCCAGGGAUCAGAGCACCUACUCAAUGGACAGGCUUUCUCUGGGGAGGUUCAAUUAAUCCACUAUAACCACGAGCUGUACACAAAUGUCACAGAAGCUGCAAAGAGUCCUAAUGGGUUGGUGGUAGUUUCCAUAUUUAUGAAAGUAUCUGAAUCAUCAAAUCCAUUUCUAAAUCGUAUGCUUAACAGAGACACCAUAACGAGAAUAACGUAUAAAAAUGAUGCAUACUUACUACAGGGGCUUAAUAUUGAGGAACUUUAUCCAGAGACGUCUAGUUUCAUUACAUAUGACGGGUCAAUGACAAUUCCACCCUGCUAUGAAACAGCAAGCUGGAUAAUAAUGAACAAACCUGUCUACAUAACAAGGAUGCAGAUGCAUUCUUUACGACUGCUAAGCCAGAAUCAGCCAUCACAGAUAUUUCUGAGCAUGAGCGACAAUUUCAGACCAGUCCAGCCUCUCAACAAUCGAUGUAUCCGAACUAAUAUCAACUUUAGUUUACAGGGAAAAGAUUGUCCAAACAAUAGAGCACAGAAACUACAGUAUAGAGUAAAUGAAUGGCUCCUCAAGUAAGUAAGACAGAGCAGGCAGAACCCAUAACCUCAGUGGAAUGCUGCUACUGUGAAUUGACAUAAUCUAGAAUGCACCCAAGCUCACUCUCUUUGGGUUCGCGACAGCACGUGCAAACGUGCUGUAGGAAAAGAGCUGCCAUGUUGGAAACUCAACUAAAAAUUCAUUCAUAUGAUCGGUGGUAAUUAAAAAAAAGUAAAAAGACAGUAUUACAGUAAAUGUGAUUACAAUUUUGAUACAGUUUUCCUGAACUAAUUUAGCUUCACAAAAAAAA